AUGUUCCAUGUCACUAACAUUCCACCCACCCACCCCCUCCGCAAAAUAGUAUUCUUCUUCACUUUAGCUCUCUUCCUGUCAGGGUACACAAUCCAACAACGCACCCUCCGCGAAAUUAGAGCGAGCAUCAACCGCCCUAAACCCUCCCCCAAAAUCUUCCUCCCUGAUCGGUUCAAGCAAUCGACCACUGAGCUCGAGGAUGGGACGAUAGUGAUCAUCGAGGAUGAGAAUAUCUCCCGCCCGCCGAGACCACUGAAAGAAAUCUUGUUGGAGGAGGAGAAGGAAAAGGAGCUGGAACGGGAGAGGGAGGUGGUGAUCUCUGUUGUUCCUACUGUUCCCACUGAGGAGGAGGUGCUGGCUGAGAAGAAGCAGGUGGAGGAGAAGGAAAAGAAGGAGGGGGGGCUGCUUGGGUGGAUGAGGACUGGUAAGAAGGCUGAGAAGAAGACAGAAGGAGACGAUGGUGAGCAAGAAGGGGAAGACGGGGAGGAAGGGCCACAGAAACCAAUCAGCAGAGCGGAGAGACGGAAGAGGAUCAAGGAGGAGCUGAUGAGACUGGCGCAAGGUGAAGAAAGGGGGUGGUAUCAGAGGAGGUUGUACUGA